CGCCGUGCCGCCCGCUCGCCCUCCUGUCCAGCCCUGGCCGUACCCGCGCCGGCCGCCGCACCUCUGCCCGCCGCCCUUCUCCGCUGCCGCCCGCCGCCCCGCGGCACCGCCAUGAUCGUGGACAGCAGCCGCGACGCGGCGCCCGAUGGCGGCGACGCCGGCGCCCUCAGCAGCCCCAUCAACCUCGCGUACUUCUACGGGGCCUCGCCCCACUCCAGCGAGGGCAGUUGCUCGCCGGCUCACUCCGCCCCAGGCUCGCCGGGUUCCGACUCGGAUCUGUCGGUCAGCAGCCGCGGCGGCGGCCGCCGGGACUCCCGGAGCGGCGCCCGCCCCGCUCUGCAAGCAGUUGAACAGCACAUGGGGGGAGGAAAGCAGCACAGGGGCCCCUUCCAGGGGGUCCGCGUGAAGAACUCGGUGAAGGAGCUCCUGCUGCACUUCAGGAGCAGCAAGCAGAUGUCCUCGGGCGCUGCUGCGGAUGAAUGCAAGGCACAAGGAGGAUUGGUGAAUUACGAACAGUACACAGAGCUGAAGAGCAUACUGGGUCACAGUGGCAAGAGAAAGGCUCCUGAGCUCCUUUCUGAUGGACCUUCUUUCAAACGCCAAGCUAAUAUUCACCCACACCUCCUGACACCACCCCAGACACCGACUUCAAUGGAUAACAUGGAGGAGACGCAUAAAAACGAACCAAAGCAUGACAGCAGUUCUGAUCUGCUCCAGAACAUUAUAAACAUUAAGAAUGAGUCGAGCCCUGUUUCUCUGAAUACAGUGCAGGUUAGCUGGUUGCACGGUGUCUCCAAUCACAGUUCGCCCAGUGAGCAAUACCAAGACAGUCCAGGAACACAGACUUUUUCCCCGUCCCAGAAGUACCAGGCAUUCCAGGAUCACACCUCCCAGAAUAUGCUUGAUCCUCCCCAGCAUUACCAAUUUUCAUCGCAGAACCAGGAGUUGUCACAGAGCUAUACUUCGGAUGCAUCUCUGGAGUACAGGCCCUUUUCUGCCAGUGACCAGUCUCCUAGCUACCAGCCGAAUACCUUUGAGAGCCAUGAACUGCAGUAUUGCCCUUCACAAAGUUUCUCCUCCCUCCUCAACGAUUCUGAAGGCUCGGAGAACAUCUCUGCCCCCCUCCAGCCGCUGACGAGUGCCCACCCACAGUCUGAUGUCAGCUCCCAUGCUCAGAAUUUCAGCUUGGCUCCCAGUAAUAUCUGUGGUAGUCUUGAGCGCAGCAUCUCUUUGGCUGCUUUGAAUGUCUCGCUACCACACCAAAAUGUUGCCAGAAACACAACGCAGCUGGGCAAGUCAUUUUUUCAGUGGCAAGUGGAGCAGGAGGAAAACAAAUUGGCUAACAUCUCUCAAGACCAGUUUCUCGCAAAAGACUCUGAUGGAGACACCUUCCUUCAUAUUGCUGUUGCCCAGGGCAGACGAGCACUCUCCUAUGUUCUCGCAAGGAAAAUGGCUGCUCUGCAUAUGCUGGAUAUUAAAGAGCACAAUGGCCAGAGUGCUUUUCAGGUUGCUGUGGCGGCCAAUCAGCAUCUCAUUGUGCAGGACUUGGUUAGCUUGGGGGCUCAAGUCAACACCACAGACUGUUGGGGUAGAACGCCGUUGCAUGUUUGUGCUGAGAAGGGACAUGCUCAGGUCCUUCAGGCAAUCCAAAAGGGAGCUAUGGGAAGCAAUCAGUAUGUGGACCUUGAGGCAACGAACUACGAUGGUUUGACAGCACUGCACUGUGCUGUUCUGGCCCAUAAUGCUGUGCUGCAUGAACUGCAAAACAGUCAACCACCUCACUCCCCUGAGGUUCAGGAGCUUCUGCUGAGAAACAAGAGCCUGGUAGAAACCAUCAAGACUCUGAUACAAAUGGGAGCUUCUGUUGAAGCAAAAGAUCGCAAAAGUGGUCGCUCAGCUUUACAUUUGGCAGCAGAAGAAGCAAACCUGGAGCUCAUUCGUCUCUUUUUGGAGCUGCCCAACUGCCUUUCUUUCGUUAAUGCGAAGGCUUACAAUGGCAACACAGCACUUCACGUGGCUGCUAGCCUGCAAUAUCGGGUGAGUCAGUUGGAUGCGGUUCGCCUGCUAAUGCGAAAGGGAGCUGAUCCAAGUGCCAGAAAUUUGGAAAAUGAGCAGCCAGUUCACCUGGUUCCUGAUGGCCUUGUAGGAGAACAGAUAAGACGUAUCCUGAAAGGGAAGGCGAUUCAGCAGAGAGCGUCGCCAUUUUAAACUCCAUGUUUCUUGGAGUUUAGCUACCUUACACUCACUGUCAGUCAGGCAGUCCUAAUGUAUCUGUAAAUAGACCAUUUGCCUAGUGUUGGCAAAUGUUAGUUGUUUCUAUGAAACAAAAGUAUUUUGUUCACUAUCAUAUAGUGGGUUAUGUACGAGUUUUAAAAAAAAUACAAAAAAAAACACCAAAUCAACAAUCAAAUUCUUCCGAGCAAAUGGGAAUGUUUUAUUCCCAUGUAUGUGGAAACUUUGCAUGGAUACCUGAAUUUCAUAGCUACGGCAAGACUGAUUGAUUUAAUCAGCCAUAUAUCUAACUCCUGUACAAGGAUAAUUCUACAGUAAAUCUUUGUCUGGAGAGGGCUGAUACGUGACAGCAUUGCAGAGUUUUUUGUUUGUGUUUUUAAUAACACUUAAAUAUAAUAAGUGCAAGAGAAAUCAAAUAUUUUUGAAGUGGAAAUUUUAUUUAUAUAUCUUUGUGGCUUCCUUCCAAUUUUUUGUGCAGGAUUGUAUAUAGUCCUUGGUGUUGUUGUACAGCUGUAUAGUUCUGAGUAUCAGUUGAUAGCUUGGGAAUGAUCUGAAGAAGAAAACUUGUCUGAUCUCAAACUUGCAAGUUGCAUAUGGAAUUUUAAUACUGGUGCAAAUCGGGUAAAUUCUGUUAUUUUUAAAGACUGAAGACUGAAAUUGCAUUUAAGAUGGAUUGUCCCUAGCACUGAUUUGUGCAUGUUUUUGGACUUGUUAAUAAAACAUGAAAAGCUAUGCUUACUCAGGGGACAAUAUCAGCUUUUUUUGUAUGCAGUAGAGGGCUUUUGUUUUGACAGGACAGUAGAUUGAGGGAGAAAUGUCGUGACUUACAUAGUGUAUAUAACUUUGUCAUACUUCAAGGAAUAUGAUCCUGAUUCAGUGAAAGUAUUUAGCAUGUACUUAACUCUUGAUGCAUGUUGGAAUCUCUCCAUGUUCCUUAUACUUAAAUAUGUGUAAGCCCCACUAGUGUCAGUAGGACUUAAGCACAUGCCUACGUAGCUUGCUGAAUUGGGCUCUAGUUAAUUCUAGAGAUUUAGUGUUUCUCACCUCCUAAGCAGAGUUAGUCCAUUUACGGUUUUACCUUAUAGGUAUAGUAGAUAGCCAAGCAAAUAUUUGAAGUUAAUGUUUUUCUAUUUUUAAUAAUUAUGGGUUUUAAUGCAAAAUGUGUACUAAUGUUGCUGUAUACUUGUAUUCUGUUGGAGAAAACUGCUUCCAAUCACUUAAUCAACAAUCCACACUGGGCUGUAAUCCAGCAGUAUGUUCUUUGUAUGGUCUUUGCUCUUAACUUGUUCUUGCAUCACACACAAUUCUCUUCCAUAAUAACUUAAUUAGUCUGAUUUUGCUGUUUUGACAAAGUAUGUCUUGUAGACAAGCUAAGUGGAAAAAUCUAGUAUUCUGAGGCCUAGUUGUGAUGUAUUUCUUGAAAGGUCUCCUGUAUCUUGUUUGAAUAAACAUGUUACUUAUACACA